AUGGGCAAAGGUGCAGCAAAGUAUGGGAUGAAAAGUGGUAUUUUACCAGAGGCCCGUGCAAUUUUGAAGAAUCCUACCGUUAGGCAAACAGAUGUCCUACAAAAACUUAAAGCUCCAAAAGCAAAAGGUACAGAUGGUGUAGGUUUUGCAAAGAACAUCGACCACCCCAGAGGCUCUCAUAGGUUUCCUCCACAAACUAAGUUUGUCGAUGUGGAGAAACUCAUUGCUUCUACCGUUCCAGAGCCGCAACAGCCGAAAGUUCCAAAAACAUCACAACAGGAGGCUAAACAGAAUAAGGCACAAAUACGUAGAUCGUACUUGUCAGACUCUUUCAGGAAGGAGGAACAGCGUGUGCUGAGGCAAGCAGAGCUCUUGAAAGAGAAGGAGGCUCGUUUGCAUGAAGAAAAGCAACUAGAGCUAGCAACGCUGAACCAGAGUCGCUCCAGUGACCUCACAGUUCCAACUUUACACAACCUGUUAUCGGGUCCGCUAAUUCGCCCAAGAACUCCUGAAGAACAGGAGAUAUUGCAAAUGAAGCGCAAGCAGAACCGCGACGUUUUACAGCUAAAGGCCAAAGAGCGCAGGCUAGAUAAUUUGCUAAAAUUGUACCAUGUCACCGACGAGUUCAUCGUUACGGAGGGCCAACUCAUGAAAAAAAUUGAAGAAGCUUUUGCCAACGAGUCGUCGGAAGCUCUCAGAACUAAGCUCAGCGUUGGAACGGCGAGACCAAGGACCAAAAACGAAAAGGCUCUCGGAGACGCAUUAUUUGGGUCUCUUGGCGGUGGCAACUUCGUGGGACUACCAUCAAUCAAGGAUUAUGUCUCAGGUGAGAUGAAUACCUUUGCUAGAGAUGUGGAAAGAAAGAAUCAAGCUCUUCAGGAGCAAAGAAAAACGAACAUGGACACUAUCUUAUAG